AUUUUCUUUUUAAUUAUCUCUGCAUCCAAAAAUCUAAUACAAUAUUCAACACAAACAAAAACACACCUUCCCCACUACUACUCUUUUGGUCUUCUUCUAAAGUCUCAUCCCUCCCUUUUUAUUGCCGAGUCCAUUGCACCGUUUAAAGACUUCGCACACUUCUCUUCUCUCUCUCUCUCUCUCUCUCUCUUUCUUUUCUCUCUCUAUAAUUUUCUUGGGAUUUAUGGCCAAAGGAAGUGGACUCUCCAUUGAUUCAGAUCCAAUUGGGUUCUUUCUUCACAGGCCUAUAGUACUUAACUCAUUUCAAGAUGAUAAGAAUAAUUAUAUCCAUCACAACAACAAGAAGAAACUUCUUUCUAAUUCCAUGGAUAACACAAUUCACCAAAGGUCUCCUCCUCCUCCUCCUCCUCCUACCACUCUCCAAUUCCCAGUCAACCUUAAUCGUACCGGCCAUGACGAUGAUGAUCAUCAUCAUCAUCGUCAUGAUUCUCCGCCAUCUUCGUCUGAUCAGAAACGGACUGUCAUCGAUGAGAUGGACUUCUUUGCUGAUCAUAAAAACUAUGACCAUCGUUCCAAUGCUAAUUCUUCUUCCGCUGCUGAUAACAACGGUCACCGAGAGAUACAACUUAAUGUAAACACUGGUUUGAAUCUUCUCACUACAAACACUAGCAGCGAUCAAUCAGUGGUCGAUGAUGGAAUAUCACCAAAUAUUGUAGACGAAAAAAAAGCUAAAAGUGAGCUGGCUGUUCUUCAUGCGGAGCUUGAGAGAAUGAACGCAGAGAAUCAGCGUUUAAAGGAUAUGCUUAACCAGGUUACUAGCAAUUACAACACCCUUCAGAUGCAUUUGAUGACUUUGAUGCAAAACCAAAAGGCUGACAACUCAUCAGAAGGUCAUGGAGUAUUUGAUGGUAAAUUGGAAUUAGAAAAGAAGAACAGCGACAAUGGUGGAGCUGUAGUGCCUAGGCAGUUUAUGGAUCUUGGAUUGGCAGCUACCAAUAAUGGAGAUACUGAUGAGCCUUCCCUGUCUUCGUCCGAAGAAAGACGAUCAGGGUCGGCUGGAAAUAACAUCAAGAACGGACAUGGUGAUGAUCAAGGGCCAGUACUCGAUCAGGAAAAGAAAGAAUUUGAUAGAGGAAUAGGUAGAGAGGACGGUGCAGAUCAAUCUAAUUCUCAUGGUUGGGGUCCCAACAAAGUUCCCAGAUUAAAUUCUUCCAAAGAAGCUGAUCAAACUGAGGCCACCAUGAGAAAAGCACGUGUUUCAGUGAGAGCUAGAUCGGAGGCACCUAUGAUUAAUGAUGGUUGCCAAUGGCGAAAAUAUGGACAAAAGAUGGCAAAGGGAAACCCAUGUCCACGAGCAUAUUACCGAUGCACCAUGGCCGUCGGUUGUCCUGUUAGAAAACAAGUACAAAGAUGUGCUGAAGAUAGAACCAUCCUUAUUACAACAUAUGAAGGAAAUCACAGCCAUCCAUUGCCUCCGGCGGCCAUGGCGAUGGCAUCGACUACUUCAUCAGCAGCAAGAAUGCUACUGUCAGGGUCUAUGUCAAGUGCAGAUGGUCUAAUGAACCCCAACUUCCUGGCUAGAACCAUACUUCCAUGUUCCUCUAGCAUGGCUACAAUCUCAGCCUCAGCUCCAUUCCCUACUGUUACAUUGGACCUAACCCAAUCACCUAAUCCUUUACAGCACCAAAGGCCACCAACACAAUUCCACAUCUCAUUCCCUAACCCUUCUCAGAACUUGGCCAAUUCACCAUCCUCUUUGCUUCCUCAAAUUUUUGGUCAAGCACUUUAUAACCAGUCUAAAUUCUCAGGCCUCCAAAUGUCCCAAGACAUGGCCGAACCUGCUCAAUUAGGCCACCAGCCGCAACCACAACAGCUGGGGCAACACGGCUCUUUGACCGACACCGUGAGCGCCGCCACAGCUGCCAUUACAGCCGACCCGAAUUUCACCGCAGCUCUUGCGGCCGCCAUCACUUCCAUCAUCGGCGGUGGUGCCGGUGCUCAUCCAAACAAUAGUGCCGCAGCCACUACCCCUACCAAUAACAACACUAGCAGCAAUGCCAAUGUUACUAGUAGCAAUAGUAAUUAGAAGUUCAAGUUUGCCAAUUCUUUUUUUUUUAAUUUUUAAUCGUUUUAGAAAAAUUUUCCUUUUUUUGAUAUAUAAUUAAAAAAAAAGUGCAAAUAUAUACCUAUAUAAUAUCUUUUUUUGUUUUCCC